AUGUCCGAGCUUGAGAGGUACAUCAGUGACCAGUCACUUAGUCUUUUUGGGCUCUCGGACCAGACAACUACCGACUUUGUAAUAGCCUCAGCUACCAGGGCUAAAUCUGCAGAUGCGCUACAUGCAGUACUAAGCCUCCCGGAUACCCCCGAUGGACAUCGUUUUGCCCAAGAAGUGUUUUCUCGUGCGCCUCGCAAAUCCAAGGGAAAGCACUCUGUGGCCGACUCCAGGCGAGAUGCCGAGCAAAAAAUCAAGGAAAUGCGCAACAAAAACUUCGGAUUCUUGCUCGAGGAUGACUCUGUUGCAGCAUUACCAAGCAAGAAGAGUUCCAAGCGAAAGGAUGAACCCGUUAAGGCGGAGUCGAAAUCAUCAGGGAGGAAGGAGCGGCACACCAGGAAACGCGACGCCGACGGCCGGGACUGGGAGAGCGAUGAGGAGGAAAAGGAGCGGAAGCGCCGGCGGGAGGAAGAAGAGGACGAAUACUAUGCCCGAGCUCAGGCCCCAUCAGGUGACGAAGAUGAGGAACUAGUGGACGAGGAGGUGCGGAAGGAGGAGGAGCGGUUGAAAGACGCGAAGGAACGUGACGAGUUCGCCAAGCGAGUACGGGAUAGAGAUAGGGACAAGACCAAGAAAGUCGUCGAGGACAAGUCCUCAAGAGCCACGGGAGCAGCUGCCGAGGCAGCUCAACGGCGCGCACUUGCCGAUGAUGCAGCAGCCCGAGUGGCAGCAAUGCCUAGUUUGCGUGAGAGGUCCAGGCAGGAGUACCUCUCGAAGCGUGAAAUACAACAAAUCGAACUCUUACGCAAGGAGAUAGCGGAUGACGAGGCUUUGUUUCGGGGUAUGAAGAUUACCAAGCGGGAACAGCGCGACUUGGACUACAAGAAGCAGGUUCUGGCCCUGGCCGAGAGUCGUAUGAAAAUCAAGGACAAGUAUGAAGGCUACCAGCUCCCGGAUGAAUACGAGAACGAGCAAGGGAAAAUCGAUAAGAGGAAGAAAGAAAACGUCCUCUACCAGCGGUACGAAGAAGCUAAGGAAGGUCAGUUCGUUACGGACAUUGACCAAUGGGAGGAAGCCCAAGCGAAGAACAGUGCCUUCAAGACGGGGGCGAUGGACAAGCCUGAACUUGUGGAGGAGUAUGAUUAUGUUUUUGACGAGAGUCAAACUAUUCAAUUCGUAAUGGACAAGGCCAUGAAGGGAGAGGGGCUGCUCAAUGAUCGUGACUCUGCCUUGCGUGCACAGAUUGAAGAAGCCGAAAAGAAAGCACAAAGUAUUGAGCAAACGAGGAAAUCUUUGCCUAUCUAUGCUUAUCGAGAACAACUAUUAGAGGCCAUCGAAACACAUCAAGUAUUGAUUGUGGUAGCAGAGACUGGGUCUGGCAAAACUACUCAACUUCCACAAUAUCUCCACGAAGCGGGAUACACCAAAGGCGGGCUUAAAGUUGGGUGCACUCAGCCGCGUCGAGUUGCUGCUAUGAGUGUUGCUGCUCGCGUCGCAGAGGAGAUGGGAACCAAGGUCGGUUACGAGGUCGGGUACUCUAUUCGUUUCGAGGACUGUACAAGCGACAAGACCGUGCUCAAAUACAUGACGGAUGGAAUGUUACUCCGUGAAUUCCUGACGGAGCCCGAUCUCGCAGGUUACUCGGCUUUGAUUAUUGACGAGGCUCAUGAGCGGACGUUGAGUACAGAUAUCCUUUUUGCAUUAGUGAAGGAUAUUGCUCGCUUCCGGCCAGAGCUCCGGCUACUCAUUUCGAGUGCAACUAUGGACGCAAAGAAGUUUAGCGGGUAUUUCGACGAUGCUCCCAUCUUUUACGUCCCCGGCCGCCGCUACCCAGUCGAUAUUCAUUAUACUCCACAGCCAGAGGCCAACUAUCUCCACGCAGCAAUCACAACUGUCUUCCAAAUCCAUACCACUCAACCCAAGGGCGAUAUUCUCGUAUUCUUUACGGGCCAAGAUGAGAUUGAUGCGGCAAUGGAAAACCUGCAAGAAACAGCCAGGGCUCUUGGAAACAAAGUCGCUGAACUCAUCGUCUGUCCCAUAUAUGCCAACCUCCCGAGCGAAAUGCAGGCAAAGAUUUUUGAGCCCACUCCCGAGGGCGCACGUAAGGCAACUACCAAUAUUGCCGAAACAUCUAUCACUAUUGAUGGUGUAGUUUUUGUCAUCGACCCUGGAUUCGUCAAACAAAAUUCGUACAACCCGCGCUCAGGUAUGGCUUCCUUGGUUGUUGUUCCGUGUUCACGUGCGUCCGCCAAUCAGCGGGCUGGUCGCGCUGGCAGGAUUGGCCCGGGCAAAGCGUUCCGGUUAUACACCAAAUGGGCGUAUUCGAAUGAAUUGGAAGAGAAUACAGUUCCCGAGAUCCAGCGUACCAACUUGGGCAUGGUGGUUUUGCUACUUAAAUCCUUGGGUAUAAACAACCUCAUCGAGUUCGAAUUUAUGGAUCCCCCGCCGGGUGAGACCCUAAUGCGGGCUCUGGAACUGCUAUACGCUCUGGGUGCAUUGAAUGACCGAGGGGAGCUGACCAAACUUGGGCGGCGGAUGGCUGAGUUCCCAGUGGAUCCGAUGCUUAGCAAGACAAUCAUCGCUAGCGAGCAGUAUUCCUGUACAGAUGAAGUUCUAUCUAUUAUUUCUAUGCUAUCUGAGUCAUCGUCCCUGUUCUAUCGCCCAAAAGACAAGAAGAUGCAUGCGGAUAAAGCACGCCAAAACUUUGUGAAGAAUGGUGGAGAUCACUUUACCCUGCUGAACAUUUGGGAUCAGUGGUCCGAGACGAAUUACUCACAGCAAUGGUGCUACGAAAACUUUGUCCAGUUCAAAAGUCUUUCGCGUGUCCGUGAUAUUCGGGAUCAAUUGGCCGGGCUAUGUGAUCGAGUGGAAGUGGUCAUACAAAGUAAUCCGAACUCGAACGACAUCACCCCCAUUCAAAAGGCGGCCCGCUUGCAAAAGAGUGGAGAUUCGUAUCGGACCCUCAAGACUAAUCAAACUGUGUAUAUCCACCCUUCGUCCAGUUUGUUUCAGGCUCAGCCGCCGAUCAAGUUUGCGCUGUAUUAUGAGCUGGUGAUGACGAGCAAGUCCUAUAUGCGACAGGUGAUGGAGAUCAAACCGGCUUGGCUACUCGAGGUCGCACCUCAUUUCUUCAAGCCGGCCGAUCUCGAACAACUUGGCGGGUCGGACAAGAAAAUGCCCAAAGCUAUCGGGUCGAUCGCAGCGACCCAAUGA